AUGUUGGCAUGCUGUACUACGUAUUUUAGACCAAUUACACAUAAAGCAGGCGGAUUUUCAACUAUAGGACCUAUUUUUUCUAAUUUUAUUGCCGCUAAAACGGGAACACCUUCUAAUACCUCUAAUAUUAAUGUUUUACUUAAGCAAUCAAAUUUGGAACCUUUGGAAUGUAUCAAGAUUCUCGAUGAAGUAUACAAAAAUAGUUGUAAAUUGGAAUUAUGUGUAUUACAGCGUGCUGAAUUUUAUAAUAUUUGCAAAGAUAUAAUCACAGGCGGACUUCAAAACCCGCUUCCUCUUAAAACAUUCAUUAGUGAUCCGAUUAAUACUUAUUUCGACGUGAAAUUUUCAUAUAAUCGCAUUAAUACUUUGCUAGCUAAUCAGAUAGACACAACUUCCUCAAUACUUCUUAAACAUGGUACGAGGAAGGAUUCUAAUAUAUAUUUGUUUCCAAAAGAUGGCAUUGAAACAGUUGGUUCUUUGAACAAUCCUAUUAGGUUUGACAAUCCUUUUAAUGAUUCUCACAAUGAUGAACAAAAAUAUAAUUUGAAUUUGGAUUCUUUGUUGAAAUCAAUUUUUAAUAAAUCGGACGCCCAUGAAUUAGUUACACUGCUGAAAUAUUUAUAUCUCAUGGAUACUCCAAUGAAUUUAAAUAUAUUAACUAAUGUAUGCGAGAAGUUUGUGUCAAACAUGGGUAAAUUGUCACUAACACAAAUAUCUGAAACUUCAUAUAUAUUAUCAUCAUAUUUCAACGACAUCAACAUACCCAAUGUCAUUAAUUCACUCGCAUAUCACUCACAGUAUUUUAUCUGCAAUAGUUUACACAAUUAUCCUCAAUCUUUUAUCCCUUCUCUAUACCUACUAUGUCAUUGUAAGGGCGAACAAAUAUUUUUUAAAUCCAUUAUUAACAAGUUAGUUUCACAAAAUUACACACCUGAUAACAUCACCAACUAUAUUAGGCUGCAAAUUAUUUUGUCACUAGUAGACAUGGGCAACGAUUCAUUGUCAAAAAAUUUAUCACAAGAAAUUAAUAAUCAAAUUUUCAAUCAUUUUAAUAACAUAGCCGAGCCAGAAUUAAUUCACGUUGCUAAAAUGAUUUUCCAUCGCUUUUCAAAGCCUAUAUGCGACAAAUUACUUGAUUUUGUAUAUGAUAACCUAUCUGAUCUACAUUUAGAUAGUGUUUCAUCUAUUUACUUGUACCUCUCUGCCAUUAAAUCUUUAACUAAUGAGCAUAAUAAUAUGAUGAAUAAACUACUUUUAUACAUUAAUAAUCACCUUGGCAGCGUUUCAGGUGGACUAAUUCCUGAUAUUUAUACUCACACUAUUAGGCAAUCGAAGAUAUCAGACGAUGUAAUGAAGUUAUUUGAAAAGAACCUGUUGUUGAACAAAAGAUAUUUGACUUCAAAGGAUAUAUCCAAUAUGAUCCUGUCACUAACUGUUCAUGGGAAAAAUCAGAAUAGUGUAAUUAAGAUUCUGCUUGAACAAUUUCUCCACCUAAAAAGGCAUGAUCGUUCCAAGGCGGAAGAUACACUAGACACUAUACUCGCCUUUUCACUAGCCGGUGUCAGACAUUCGGAAAUGUGGGAUAAUGUAAAUCUGCCAAUAAUGCUUAGUAAUGUAACAAAUACCCUACUAGUUUAUAUUGGCUAUGCAUUUUUAAUCACCGAAUACAGGUGUAAUGUUUGUUGGUCAAUAAUCGUAGAAAGACUGCUCUAUGAGAAUGUUCAGCAUUCAGCUGACAUUUUUAAGGUACUUAAAAUUGCAAAAUUAAUGAACUAUAUUUCUUUAAUUAAUGAUGGUACUACUAUGCCGACUGGAUCUGCAGUAAUAUUGGAUCGUGCGGCAAUACAAAAAUUCAAUAGCACCAUCACUGAAUGUAAACACAUUAAUCUAAAUAAGUUAAGUUCCAGUAAGUUAUCUACUGGAGAUUUGCAAAAAUACAGUGAAAUAAUAUCACAAAUUGGUAUACCAUUUGAGUGCAAUUUUGUUAUUGACGAUUUAUAUUUGGUGGCCUUUUAUCUACCUUCACAUAAAAUAAUCAUAGAUAUAAUCCAAGAGAAGGAUAUUAAGUGUACUGGCAAUAUUAAUGGUGAAAUAAUCCUUAAACAUAAAGUUAUAAAGGCAAAAGGAUAUAAUCUAAUAGUUAUUAAAAAUGAUUGGAUUGAGACACUUAGAAAUGAGAGUUCGAAAAGAAAAGUUCAAAUUUUUUCUAGGAAACUUGGACUUGUUACAACCUCAAAAAAUACUGUAAAAAAUAAAAGUAAACGUGUUUAA